CAACGCAUCUUUAAAUCCCGUCCCCGCUCCCCGAUUUCCGCAGCAUUUCCUACCUUGACAUUUUGCACACUUGUUCAUCACCAUGCCUCUCAAGACUCGACUAACGGAAGCCCUCGGCAUUGUCCACCCAAUUGUUCAGGGUGGAAUGCAAUGGGUGGGAACGGCCGAGAUGGCUAGUGCGGUCUCGAAUGCUGGUGGUUUGGGACUGCUUACCGCACUCACUCAACCUACUCCUGAGGCUCUUCGUAAGGAGAUUGCUCGGUGUCGCACUAUGACCAACAAGCCUUUUGGUGUGAAUAUCACCUUUCUGCCUGCCAUUAACCCGCCCCCAUACGAAAAAUAUGUUGAGGCGAUCAUCGAAGAGGGUAUCAAGAUCGUUGAGACUGCGGGUAACAACCCUGGCGUUCACGUGAAGCGAUUCAAGGCGGCCGGAGUUACUGUUAUUCACAAGUGCACGAGUGUUCGUCACGCGCUCUCUGCACAACGGCUUGGUGUUGAUUUCCUGUCGAUCGACGGUUUCGAAUGCGCUGGGCAUCCCGGAGAGGACGACAUUGGUGGCUUGAUCCUCCUUGCUAAGGCUGCUAAAACCUUGCAAGUACCGUACAUUGCUAGUGGCGGUAUUGGUGACGGUCGGGGACUUGCGGCUGCAUUGGCCUUGGGUGCUGAAGGUGUCAACAUGGGUACACGCUUCAUGUGCACCAAAGAAGCUCCUAUUCACCAGUCUGUCAAGGAAGCGAUCGUGAAAGGCACUGAGCGUGACACUACACUCAUGUUCCGCACCCUUCACAACACCGCUCGUGUGUUCAAGAACGCCGUGUCUACCGAAGUGGUGAAAAUUGAGAAGCGCCCAGGCGGUGCACAGUUCUCCGAUGUUCAACAUCUGGUGUCUGGGCAACGAGGUCGCCAGGUAUUCGUUAAUGGAGACACCGACUACGGCGUAUGGACUGCUGGUCAGGUGGUUGGUUUGAUUGACGACAUUCCGGCCUGCAAGGACCUAUGUGAGAAGAUGGUGGCAGAUGCUGAAUCCAUCAUCUCUGAACGAUUGAACAAGAUGAUCGUUCCCAAGAGCAAGCUGUAGAUUUUACGGGCAACAUGAGUAGCAGGAAAUCCAUCAUUAUCUAAGAGGUAGCAUUACAUGAUAGAUUAGCCGACUUAAAACCUUAAAUAGUAUAUUCCAAGAGCCUCUUGCAUGAUAGUAGGAGAUAUGGAUCUAUAUAUACAUACUGGCAUUGAGACUACUUUUCGUCUUAACGCCUCACUGGCAAUUCUUGAGGUAGCAGCGUAGCAAAAGUUAAAUACGACGUAUGCCCCCGA